GCAGAGAACUACAAGGGGAAAGCAUCGAGCCCUGGUGCCGAAUUCGAGAAGCCCUGUUCAGAUUGCAUCAAACUCUCCUGGGUCGCCAGACGCAGUGACUCGAUUGGAUUCAAGCCACCAGUUGAAUGAUGCCUUACCAUCCAUGUCUAUAUCUGCCAAUCUCCAAGGACUGAAUGAUAUGGGCUCUCGGCAUAGCGUAUUGAGCUCCGACACUCCUGAUGAAGGGAGACACCCAGCCUCAUUUGCCGAAGCUGUGCAAGCAAACAGUGCUUUCCAUAACGAACGGCAGUUCUAUUCAGGCGACCGUCAGGGCCUCGUUCACUCCGUGAUGGAAAUUUGCUCCGGCCAGCGACCGACUGUGGGCUCAGCGCUAUGGCUUCAGAUGCGCCCACAGGAGCCCAAAAAAGUAUGGGAACACCAUGAUUGGGUUUACCUGCAAAGUAAAGGAGCAUUUGAUUUGCCUAGCCCCGAGAUCUGUGACUCGCUCAUCCGCGGCUAUUUUGAGCACGUCCAUCCAUUACUACCAGUCCUCGACGCCGGCCACUUCCUAUUACAAUUGUCGUUGAAGGGUGUUUCAAGCAUGAACCUUCUAUUGCUGUGGAGCGUUCUUUUCGCCGCUGCAAAUUUCGCUGAACCAGAAACUCUGCAAGCAGCUGGAUAUGCCUCUAGAAAGGCAAUGAAGCGUGCGAUGUACACCAAGGCUAAGGCUCUAUACGACAGCGACUACGAGGAUGACAAAAUCUGUGUGGUUCAGUCGGCGAGCCUCUUGGGCUUCUGGUACUCGGAUGCCGAGGACAGAAACGGACCUUGGCAUUGGCUGGGAAUUGCCACUGGCCUUUGUCAGGUAAUGGGACUGCAUCGUGAACCACAUUUGGCGUCGGAGAGUGCAUCCACAAGACUUCGGCAGCGAUUGCUUCGGCGAAUAUGGUGGUCUUGCUUCAUGAGAGAUCGCUGGUUAUCGCUGGGAUUGGGGCGACCUAUGCGAAUCAAUAUCGACGACUGUGAUGUUCAGAUGCCGGACGCCCAAGACCUGACUGCAGAGGUUGAACAAUUGCCUCCCGAGGUUACCAACAAAUACUUACCCAGCUCAAUGAGUGAACUCGCAGUUAUCUGGGUCAGGCUCAUUAGAUUGAGCCACAUUCUUGGAAAGAUUCUGCGGACGAACUACCAGCUAUCGCCAGGCGACCCGGACAGCGGCACUAUCGAAGCCCAUGAAAUUGAGCUGGAAAGUUGUCGAUUUGCCCCGGAUCCCCCACUUGGAAAGAGUUCAUUCCUCGUCUCCCUGAACAGGUUGCAGUUUGAGAUGCUUCUUGAGUUGGUUACACCCGUAUACCAGAGAUUUUCUACAGGUAGCUUACGUGAACUUGCAGAGCCACAGUAG